GCAGUAACAGUAAAUUAAUUAUAUAAUUAAGGCUUAAUCUUGUCUUAGUUCUUCUGAUUCUAUAAAUUAUUAUCGCUUUGAUUUAAAUCAUCGCCUCUGAUUUCCUCCUCGUCUCCCUCCAUCAUCUCUCUCUCUCUGCGCAAUUUGAUGAACAUUCUUUCGUGAAGAAGACGCGCAAUUUUCACUGAAUUCGGGUUGCAUCCCGUAAAGAUCCACGCCUUCUGAUUCCUGUACCUAUAUUUCUGUUAUCAUGGGAUUUGCGAUCCUGAUGAUCGGAUGAGUCUAAAUCUGAUUGCUUAGAGCUGCUAUUAAGGAUGAAACAAGGCAUACAAGGACUAAAGAUCCCACAGGUCUCCCUCAUCCUCAUUGGUUUAGUCUGCACGACUGUGCUUGUAUUGGCAUGGACAAAGAGCUCAGUUCUCACCGCUUUCAUGCCAUCUCCGGGUCGCGUCCUGCCACCGGAUCUGGGUGAAAUUUUCAAGGGUACCAACAUUUCAGCACAGACAACAUUGGAACAAGUUGAAUCAUUUGCUUCAUCCGGUGGGAUAGAACUAAAAGGCGAGGGAGAAGAUAUUAGUAAUAGUAAAAAUACCAAUGAAGAAGAGAGUUCUCCGAGUGUUCUGAAAGGAACUGGAUCUGAAAAACCACCAGGAGGAAAAAGUAAAUCAAGAGAAUCAGAGAUUGUUCCAGAGAACUCUCCUUCUGUAAAGUCAUUUGUCAAAGGAAAGCGAACAGAAAACUCGUCAGCUACUAUUGGAAAUAAAGGUUGUAAUUAUGCCAAAGGUAAAUGGGUUAUUGAUGAUAAUCGUCCGUUGUAUUCUGGAUUUGGUUGUAAGCAAUGGUUGUCACCUAUGUGGGCUUGUCGCCUAACACAACGCAUGGAUUUUGAGUAUGAAAAGCUUCGUUGGCAACCCCAAAAUUGCAAAAUGAAAGAUUUCACAGGACCCAAGUUCUUGCAGAGAAUGCAGGAUAAAACUUUAGCUUUCAUUGGGGAUUCACUGGGUCGACAACAGUUCCAGUCUCUCAUGUGCAUGGUAACAGUUGGGGAAGAAAGAGCUGAUGUGCUUGACGUUGGGCGUGAGUUUGGUCUUGUUAAGGCUCGUCAUGCUGUAAGACCAGAUGGAUGGGCUUAUCGGUUCCCCAUUACAAACACAACCAUCCUUUACUAUUGGUCAGCUAGUCUCUGUGAUUUGGAACCUAUUAAAGGGUCGAACCCUGUCGAUUUUGCCAUGCACCUGGAUCGCCCCCCUGCAUUUUUACGGCAAUAUCUUCAUAAAUUUGAUGUACUUGUCCUGAAUACAGGACACCACUGGAACAGGGGAAAACUUAGUGCAAAUAGAUGGGUCAUGUACGUUAACGGUGUCCCUAACACUAAUAAGAAGAUUGCAGAUAUCGGGGGUGCCAAAAAUUUGACCAUUCACAGUAUUGUGAAAUGGGUUGAUUCACAGCUCCCGUUGUUUCCAGGUUUGAAAGCAUUUUUACGGUCUCUAUCGCCCAGGCAUUUUUUCAACGGGGACUGGGACACCGGAGGUACAUGUGAUAAUACCACGCCACUUUCCGGUGGAAAAGAAGUUCUAAAAGACGACUCUAGUGAUCCUGUGGCUGCACACGCGGUGAAGGGAACGGGUGUUAAGCUUCUUGACAUUACUGCUUUGUCCGAGUUGAGAGACGAGGGCCAUAUAUCCCGGUACAGCAUUAAAGCCACAGCCGGUGCGCAGGAUUGCUUGCACUGGUGCUUACCUGGUAUUCCCGAUACAUGGAAUGAAAUAUUAUAUGCGCAGAUUUAAUGAGACGAACCCAGGGUUCAGCAGAAUCGCGUUCGAGAUCUGUUCUAUGAAGGGAAGGAGCUACAACGGGUAAAAAAAUGAUGGAUGCGGUCAAGCCAGAGCUGGGGCCAUGAGAUCACAGAGGCUCGAAUCAACCUUUAAAGAGAAAAUAGCUAUGUACUACUAUUUAUAAAAUGAUUCUUCUCCUCUCCUUUACCUCUAUAAGAGUUAGUAAAAUGUUAGUAAAAUACUAUUUUGAUA